AUGGCAGAUGUAUCAAUCUAUAAUUUCUGUGCUGAGACCUUGGAUGGACAACCUGUUCCACUCAGUAUCUACCGUGGUAAGGCGCUUCUGGUCGUCAACCUUGCCACUUUCUGAGGGUCAACAAUAGAGGAGUACCACAGACUGAAUGCACUAAUGGAAAUGUUUGGUGACCUCAACUUUACCGUCCUAGGAUUCCCUUGUAAUCAGUUUGGCCUUCAGUCACCAGAGGUAAAUGAUGAAACCCUUAACAUUCUCAAGCAUGUGAGACCUGGCGGGGGGUUUGUCCCCAAGUUUCCUGUGUUUGGCAAGGUUGAGGUGAAUGGACUAAAUGAGGAGCCUCUUUUCAGCUACCUAAAGGAAUCUUUGCCAUUUGUUAACCCAGUUAUUGGAGAUAUUAAAAAAUUCUACUGGUCACCCAUUAAAGUCAAUGACAUUCGCUGGAACUUUGAGAAGUUUCUGAUCACUGCAGAUGGCGUGCCUUUCAGACGUUACGAACUUCAUUGUCCCGUUGAGAAGGUGGAAAGGGACAUUACAGAACUUCUCUAA